CCAGGUUUUUUUCUUUCACAGACAAUGCCUCAGAUCCAGGUGUGACGGCUAAGCUCCUCUGCAUUGAUGUUGUGGAGAUCAAGGGGGAGCUUUGUUUGACUUUCACAGAUAAUGGUGCUGGAAUGACGCCUCACAAACUUCACCGUAUGCUCAGCUUUGGCUUCACAGACAAGGCAGUGAAGAAGAACCACCCAUCCAUUGGAGUGUAUGGUAAUGGUUUCAAGUCAGGCUCCAUGCGUCUGGGAAAGGAUGCCAUUGUCUUCACCAAGAAUGGAGGUGCACUCAGCGUGGGGCUCCUUUCGCAGACCUAUUUGGAACGUGUCCAUGCUCAGGCUGUUGUUGUCCCGGUGAUACCAUUCAACCAGCAAAACAAGAAAAUGAUUGUUACGGAAGACUCUGGGCCCAGCCUCGAGGCCAUCCUGAAACAUACGCUCUUCAGUACUGAGGAGGAGUUGCUUGCUCAGUUUGAUGCAAUUCCAGGCAAAAAGGGCACACGGAUCCUCAUCUGGAACAUCCGCAGAAAUAAAGAUGGGAAGCCUGAAUUGGACUUUGAUACAGACCAGUAUGACAUUCGGAUAUCAGACUUCAGCACGGAGGAAUCAGAGAAUGCUGGGAGGAAGGUUCCUCCUCGCCUUGAGAAGGUUCAAGAGUCCUCUGCACCAGAAACCGAGUACUCCUUACGGGCAUACUGCAGUAUCUUGUACCUGAAGCCCCGCAUGCAGAUUGUUCUGCGACAGAAGAAAGUGAAGACUCAGCUGAUCUCCAAGAGCUUGGCUAAUAUUGAAUAUGAUGUGUACAGACCUACCUCCACGAACAAGAGGGUGAAGAUCACCUUUGGGUUCAAUUGCAAGAACAAUAGCCACUUUGGGAUCAUGAUGUACCACAACAACCGACUCAUCAAGUCCUACGAGAAAGUGGGCUGCCAAAUGAAGGGGGAUGGCAUGGGCGUGAUCGGGGUGAUUGAAUGCAACUUCUUGAAACCAGCACACAACAAACAGGACUUUGAAGAAAGCAAGGAAUACCGACGGACAAUUACUGCACUGGGACAGAAACUCAACACUUAUUGGAAGGCGAAGGUGGCACAGAUGAACUUGGGUAGUUCCAGUGCUGCCAAUGUGAUAGCAGGGAGACCAGACCAGACUUGGGUGCAGUGUGAGGAGUGUUUGAAAUGGAGGAAGCUCCCUGACAAGGUUGAUCCUGCAUCAUUACCUGAAAAGUGGUUCUGUCAUCUCCAUCCCCACCCCAAGUACAAAAGCUGCUCAGCACCUGAGGAGCAGGAGCCCAGUGAUGAGGAGAUGAGCCCUAGCUAUGACCGAAAAUUCAGGAAACAAGAGCAGACCGCAGAGAGAAAGAGGAGGAGGUCGUCGUCAUCUUUGGAGAACCUGGAACACGAGGUAUUAUCCACUACACCAGAGCCCUGUCCUGCUCAGAAUAACAGUGUAACACGUGUGGCAAAGCAAGAGCCUGCAGAAGAGGGGCCUGAUGGGAUUGCUGGCUCUCUCACUCCUCCCCCUGCUCUUGACAAGAUCGGUGCUGUCUGUCUGACCACUGGGCCUUUGGAGCAAAAUAUACCACAGACAGCUUCAAGCAAGCAUAAGCUGUCCACAGAAGAAGAGCUGCUGGAAAAGCGGAAGCGAUAUCAGGAGCAGGUAGACCCAUCCCCCCCAGAUCUGACCAGUCCCAGCCCCCCAACUUCUUUUGAAAGGGAGAGCUCCACUGAAGUGGACCAGGACCAGUUAUGCAGCGAGUCUGACAAGGAUGAUGAGAGUGUAGAGGGGAGCAUAGACUCCUGCCUAGUCAGAGAACAUCUGGAUGCACUCAGUGGAACCAACCAAGCUGGGGAUGCUUCACACAAUGGGGGUCUCUGUCCUACCAAAGAGACUCCAGCAAGUCUCGGUCACUUUGAAGGAGAGCAAAAGGAGACUGCAGUGGUCCAGGCGGAACUGGAAGAAGAAAUGCCGGCCUUAAUAUCAGAAAGCCAGGCAGCAGAUAAGAGUGUCUGUGUAAAUACAUGUGGGAACGUGGAGGAGGUGGACAAGAGGCCCUUCGUGGCUGUUGUUGGUAUUUCAAAGGCUGCUGCGGAUGGUGAGGCUCCCAUUCAGCUAAUCCCCUUUGGGUGGGAGGAGAGACUCGAUAAAGCAAAGGUUGAGGUGAAGGCCCGGAGCCACAAUGAUCCUCCCCGUGAUGGGGACAGAGGAGGAGGAGACCUGCAGGUACCAAAGACCACAAAUCAGAGGGAUAUGGUGGAGCAGGAGGAGCUGAGACAAACUGUGGAGAAUUUCUCGGUGGAGCUGAAGAGGGUCUCAGCAGAACGGGAUUUGCUCCAGGGCAAGGUGGAGGAACUAGAACAGGAGAAGUGCCACUUGGAGACAGAUUUCUUGAAAAGCCAACAGGAGUUGGCAACUCUCAGGGCCCAGGAGACCGAAGGCUUGUACUGGAGCAAGAAACACAUGGGUUACCGCCAGGCUGAACUGCAAGAGCUGAAGGCUCAGCUGGAGAGGACCAUAGAGGAAAAGACCGAGCUGAAGGAGCGGCUCAAGGAGACAGAGAUGCACCUGGAGGUGCUUAGGGAGGCACAUGUCUCCUGCAGGAGCCCAGAGAGGGGAGACUUGAAAAGCACUAUGGAGAAGCUGAAGAACCUGCGUAGGAAUGUCAGCCAGCUCCUCUCACUGGUCCUCCCUCACCUAGAACUGCAGGAUGUUAACUAUGAGUCAGACCAGAUUGAUGAGAUCUUGCAGACAGUGUUGGAGACGAACAGGAUGUCAUAGUAGCCCUUCCCCCAUGCUGCCAUUGUGCCUUUUUGUAUAGUUUCUUUAAUAAACCCAUAAGUUUUUCAUCCUAA